CGAGAGCGCUUCGCCGCUUCCUCCUGCUCGUCCUCCUCGGCCCUCGCCGUUGCCGUCCAUCCCAAUCAAUCAAUGGCGCCUGCCCGUCUCCUGCCACGGCUGCCGCUCUUCUGGGCCGCCCUGCUCUUGUUGCCGUUUGCGCACCCGGCAGCGGCGGCGCAGGUGGGCGACGCGUGCUCCUCCUCCUCCGGCGGCGGCUGCGGCUCCGGCCUGCACUGCAGCCCCUGCGGCGCCGGCGGGGGCAGCAUCUGCACGCGCGCCAGCCCCGUGGACCCGGCCACCCACGGCACGGGCCUCCCCUUCAACAACUACUCGUGGCUCACCACCCACAACUCCUACGCCCUCGCCGGCGCCGCCUCCGCCACCGGCUCCGCGCUCAUCACCGAGACCAACCAGGAGGACGCCGUCACCGCGCAGCUCAAGAACGGUGUUAGGGGCCUGAUGCUCGACACGUACGACUUCGACAACGAUGUCUGGUUGUGCCACUCGUUCCAAGGAAAAUGCUACAACUUCACUGCCUUCCAACCUGCCAUCAAUGUGUUCAAAGAGAUCCAGACAUUCCUCGACGCGAACCCGUCGCAAGUGGUCACGAUCUUCCUAGAAGACUACACCGCGGUAGGGUCCUUGCCGAGAGUGUUCAACGCCUCCGGCCUCACGAAGUACUGGUUCCCGGUGGCAAAGAUGCCGAAGAGCGGCGGCGACUGGCCUCUGCUCAAGGACAUGAUCAGCCAGAACCAGCGCCUGCUAGUCUUCACCUCAAAGAGAGCCAAGGAGGCGAGCGAGGGGAUCGCGUAUGAGUGGAACUACGUCGUGGAGAACCAAUACGGAGAUGAGGGCAUGGUAGCAGGCAAAUGCCCCAACCGCGCAGAGUCUCCGGCCAUGGAUUCCAAAGGCCAGUCGCUUGUCCUGAUGAACUUCUUCACGACUAACCCGAGCCAGACCGGUGCCUGCGGGAACAAUUCGGCGCCACUCGACAGCAUGCUGAAGACGUGCCAUGACGCUUCAGGCAACCGGUGGCCGAACUACAUCGCUGUUGAUUUUUACAUGAGAAGUGACGGUGGAGGAGCUCCCUUGGCUACGGACAUUGCGAACGGUCAUAUGGUGUGCGGAUGCGACAACAUCGCGUAUUGCAAGGCGAAUUCGACAUUCGGGACCUGCGUGAUACCCCCACCGCCGCCGCCGUCACCGCCCAAGGCAUCCACCCCCGGCAGCAGAGGCUCAACAGCAGGCGGCGAUGCUAGCGCUGGAACGAUGGCCCUGUCCUCGCAAUGGAGCUUCUUGCUGGGACUGGCUUCUCUGCUUCUUUUGUCGCGCUCGUGAGAGCCGAGCGGCAUUGGUGACUGGUUUUGCUGCUCUUGCUACAUGCUCUGCGAGCUGAUAGGAGCAUCGUCCCAUGAGAUGAGCUGAGGCUGAGCUGAACUGAGCUGUAUAUUUGGGUUUACUGCGCAACGUAGUUAGUUGGAUACGGGAAUCAGUUAAAUUCAUCAUUCAUUUUUAUUGAUUGGCGUCGUUAUCGUGAAUGUUCUAAUAAGUUCCUUAAAAAAAUGUCUCAUGGCCCUACUGUCAGUGACGUAGCCAUGUGAACCGGGAGAGAGAAAUUACAGCGUGUUUAUCUUGUUCGAAGUGCUUUC